AUGGACAGCCGCUGCGCCAGCGCGCCGGGCCUCGCGGACCUGGCCCCGCUGGGCGCCGCCAUCCCCGCCACGCGCGUGGAGCUGUCGGUGUCCUGCAGAAACCUCCUGGACAGAGACACCUUUUCCAAAUCCGACCCCAUUUGUGUCUUAUACGUGCAAGGACUUGGAAAUAAAGAAUGGAGAGAGUUCGGAAGGACUGAAGUGAUCGAUAAUACGCUAAAUCCUGAUUUUGUGAGAAAAUUUAUUCUGGACUACUUUUUUGAAGAAAGAGAGAAUCUUCGUUUUGACUUAUACGACGUCGACUCCAAGAGCCCCAACUUGUCCAAGCACGACUUCCUGGGCCAAGUGCUGUGCACGCUGGGGGAGGUCGUCGGCGCCCCGGGGAGCCGCCUGGAGAAGCCCAUCGUGGGGAUCCCCGGGAAGAAGUGUGGCACCAUCAUACUCACAGCUGAGGAGCUGAGCUGCUGCCGGGACGCUGUUCUGAUGCAGUUCUGUGCCAACAAGCUGGACAAGAAGGACUUUUUUGGGAAGUCAGACCCUUUCCUGGUAUUCUACCGCAGCAAUGAAGACGGCAGUUUUACCAUCUGCCAUAAAACAGAAGUUGUUAAGAACACACUGAACCCGGUGUGGCAGGCGUUCAAGGUUUCCGUGAGAGCCCUGUGCAACGCGGACCACGACAGGACCAUCAAGGUGGAGGUGCUUGACUGGGACCGGGACGGCAGCCACGACUUCAUCGGCGAGUUCACCACCAGCUACAGGGAGCUGUCCCGGGGGCAGUCGCAGCUCAACGUGUAUGAGGUGGUGAACCCCAAGAAGAAGGGGAAGAAGAAGAAGUACACCAACUCGGGCACAGUGACGCUGCUGUCCUUCCUGGUGGAAACCGAAGUCUCCUUCCUGGACUACAUCAAGGGCGGGACGCAGAUCAACUUCACGGUGGCCAUUGACUUCACAGCAUCAAACGGGCACCCGGCACAGCCCACCUCGCUGCACUACAUGAGCCCCUACCAGCUCAACGCCUACGGCAUGGCGCUGCGGGCCGUGGGCGAGAUUGUGCAGGACUACGACAGCGACAAGAUGUUCCCGGCGCUGGGCUUUGGCGCCAAGCUGCCCCCCGACGGCCGGGUCUCCCACGAGUUCGCCCUGAAUGGGAACCCCCAGAACCCCUACUGCGAGGGCAUCGACGGGGUGAUGGAGGCUUACUACCGCAGCCUCAAGUCCGUGCAGCUCUACGGGCCCACCAACUUCGCGCCCGUCAUCAACCACGUGGCCAGGUAUGCGUCUUCCGUCCAGGACGGCUCCCAGUACUUCGUGCUCCUCAUCGUGACCGACGGCGUCAUCUCGGACAUGGCGCAGACCAAGGAGUCCAUCGUGAAUGCGUCCAGACUGCCCAUGUCCAUCAUCAUCGUUGGCGUCGGGCCCGCCGAAUUUGAUGCAAUGGUGGAACUGGACGGAGAUGACGUGAGAGUGUCCUCCCGAGGAAGGGCCGCGGAGAGGGACAUCGUGCAGUUCGUGCCCUUCAGGGACUACGUGGACCGCGGCGGGAACCACGUGCUGAGCAUGGCGCGCCUGGCCAAGGACGUGCUGGCCGAGAUCCCCGAGCAGUUCCUGACCUACAUGCGCGCGCGCGGCCUCAAGCCGGCCCCCGCGCCGCCGCCCUACUCG